UGCCGUGGCGAAGUUCAAACAUUAUUGUGUACUUGGGUGGAUAUGCACAGCCACAAUGUGGCAGACAGGUCACCACCCCUAUCCGUCUAGCAAUAUCGAUGGACUAGUUGGAGACGCAACUCAUUAUGUACUACUGAAAUUUUCCAUCGAGCAGGAAUCGCAAAUACCUUGGAUUGCAGAGCCAUAUAGUGUGACCAAGCAGGGGACUUCCUUUUUAGGGUCGAUGUCGUUGAUGAGUUGUUGGCAAUACAGGCAAGAGGGUUGUAUUGGUGAUGAUGAUGAGACUGAGUCCCAAAGGCUGCAGCUACGGCAGGGCUACCUAUGGGCAAUUGGCCCAAGCGCUGUAACCAGCACACAGGCGGUGUGCCUGGGGCACGUAACAUGAGUCGUGAGUUGCGAGUCAAACAUGGUAAUAUUGCUCGUGCGAACUUGACAGGAGAAGAGAAUAUACCCGAGAGGUCGUAUUCCCACCUACCCUACUCCCCCUUAAUUUGGCACCGCGAGAAAGCCUCGUAUCCUGAUGAACAAGCAACAAGAGCUACACAUCCCCUCGUCCGUGACUCUCCAAGUUUCCGAAUCUCCAUCGAGACUGCCUCGUGCCCCCUUGAUCGAAGCCCUUCGCAUCAGAGCAUUCCAAAGCAGUUGGACCAUGUCUAUCCUCUGAUGCUCCGCAGCACCCUCAAACGCAGUCCUGUCGAGAAUCUGGCCUCGGGCCGUGAAAACAUCAGCACCAUGAUAGAGCAAGAAACAGGCGAUGUUGGGAUAGCCGCCGACGACUUCCAACCUCGGCGUCUUUUUGAGUGGCGUGCGACUGACGUACCGCAGCGUCUGCGGAUUCACACUAGUACACGUGUCGGACCUUAUACAAUCCAAUAUGACCACAUUCUGCCAGAGUGGGCCCACUUGCCUUUUGCGGGGGUGUGGUUCAACAACUCGAAAGGUGUCGAUAUGUCAGGUUUCGUUAUCUUUUGUAAGUGGGAUACUCCAUGUAUGUAGGAUGUUCAAUGCUGUGAAGAGCCGAUGGGCAGGUAAAACGACUUUUCCCCUUGGAGCAUCAUGAAACUAUGGUCCAUGUAAUU